AAUAUUGACAGCAUUCAGUCUGCUCACUUUACAACAAUUAAAAAACAAGUUUAAAAAAUGUUGGUAAAUUAUGAAGAAGAAUUCUUGCCAAAGAAUGGUGGUUUGGCUUUCAAGAAAUUAGCUCGUGAUUUGUUCAGUUACAAGAUUACUGACAAGAUUAAAGAAUUGCAAAAGGUCAAUCCAAACAUGAUCCUUCUUAUUGAUUGGGAAUCAAUUCUAUCUCUUCCAGAAGAUCUCAAAUGGAAAGCCAGAAGAGAAGAAUUGAGUGCCAAAGAGAAUGUCAUUCUCUAUUUGAAAUUCUCUAGAAGAAUUACCUAUUUGUGUGAAGAUUUACCAGUUCAAUUCUGUAAAGAUCCAGAUUGUAAGGAAGCUUUUAUGGAAUUGAAAAAGAUGAUUCUCCACAUUAAACAUGAUCCAUCAUCUACUCAAAGCAAUGGUUGUAAUUUGAAUGAAUAUGCUGUUAAAGGUGAUGAAUUACAUGUUACAAUUGUUGGUAAUUUACCAGAGUUGAUGAGAGAGGCCAAUGAUGGUUCUCAACCAGAUGCUGCUCAAGAUAUUAAAGUAUUGACUAAUUGUUUCUAAUUGAUUCAAUUAGAUGCUGAAAAUGAUUCAAUAUGUAUGAAUCAACAACCAAUCAAUGAAUCAAUCAUAAUAAUAAUGGAUUAAAUAUGUAUUUGAAUAAAAACUUCGUUGAGUC